AUGUCUUCGGAUGAAAACAGCACAACCUCCAACAAGAGGACUAGAGCAUCUGGUGAGGCUCUCGAUUUCUUGCUCCAGGAAUUUGAAAAAAACCCCAACCCUUCCACAGAGCAACGGAAAGAUAUCUCCAGCAAGACGAACAUGUCCGAAAAGGCCGUUCGGAUCUGGUUUCAGAACCGUAGAGCCAAACUCCGGAAAUUUGAACGGUUGAACCGUUUGCAGACUGGAGGUUCAAGCAUUCACUCGUCCCGUUCCAAUAGCAUCAGCAAUAUAAGCCCUAUCCACCCCAACUAUGGAAACCAGGCUAUUCCCAUCGAGAUCAACGAAAAGUACUGCUUUGUUGACUGCACUUCACUUAGUGUAGGCUCCUGGCAGAGGAUUAAGUCAGGUUACCAUGACGAAAGACUGCUCCGUAACAACCUCAUCAACUUGUCGCCCUUCACGAUUAACUCGGUAAUGACCAGUGUAGAUUUGCUAGUGAUUUUGUCUAAGAAAAAUUGCGAAAUUAACUAUUUCUUCCUGGCCAUCUCCAACAACUCCAAGAUCCUCUUCCGCAUAUUUUAUCCUAUAUCUUCUGUUGCUACCUGUUCUUUGCUCGAUAAUAAUAUCACCAAAGAGAACAGCGAGCUUCGUGUUAGUUUGACUCACCAGCCCAAGUUUUCGGUGUACUUCUUCAACGGAAUCAACUCACAAGCUAACCAGUGGUCCAUCUGUGACGAUUUCAGCGAAGGUCAACAAGUCAGUCAGGCUUACACUUCAGAAGGAGGUACGUCCAUUCCUCACGUGUUGGUCGGAAUCAAGAGCUCUUUGCAGUACUUGAACUCGUUUAUAGCUGACAACAAUAACCUGACCUACUCACAAUUCCCGACCUCGAUGUCUGGAUUCAGCCCGUUGGCCGAUUUCAACUCUGACACUUCUCCUAACUCCAUAGGUAGUACCAACAGUAAUCAAAUCAAUGUCAAGAACUCGAGCUCUCAUACUCCUGCCUUACAACAACACCAUCUGCUCCAGCUGUUCUCAAACACCCCCGACUUCUUCACUACACUUAGUGGAGAUGGCGGUCAGACUCCUUCCAAUAUGUUAAACCACGAGAACAGCCCCUCCAUGAACUCCCAAGGCCAUUCUAAUGGUGUUAAUAGUAACACUAUCUCUAUUCAUGCCUAUACACACCAGAACAAUAACCACAACGAUUUCUUGGACUCAAUACAAACGUUUCCAUCGUCGCAUGACUUCGAAUUUGGACUUGGUGGGGAUUUGGCUUCCAACGGUGAAACUCCUUUGGGUGGAGCUUUUGAUGGUGCUCCUAAUGGUGGAAAUGCUGCUGGUAACAAUAAUAGCAGUAACAAUAACAAUAAUGCUACUAGUGGUGGCACUUCCAGCAACGUCGAUAGCUUUAUAGACUUUGGCAGCCACUGA